AUGAUUGGGCUUCUAAUAUUCGGGAGCGUCCUGCCCAGCAUCCUCAGUGUCGUGGUCAAUGACCCCCCGAACCAGGGUAUCCAGUACAAGUACUCUUACGACAUCGAGGACCCUAGCACGGGAGACAGCAAGAGCCAACACGAGAGCCGGACCGGUGAUGUGGUCACUGGAUCUUACUCCGUGCUAGACCCUGAUGGAACCAAGCGCACUGUCGACUACACAGCUGACUCUAAAAAUGGCUUCCAAGCUGUAGUGCACACCGUUCCCGCCCAAAUACACACAAAAAACUUUAAUCAUAAUGUGGUGACAGAUAAUUCUUAUGUCCCAGUAGCUUCACCAUACGCCGCGCAGGUUGAAUAUAGUCCGAGACCUCCACAGAGGUUGUAUACCUAUGUUCCAGCUCCGACCUCAUUUAGAGAGUUACAGCCAGAGCCAGUAGCUCCUCAAAGUGCAUCUAUCCCUUACGCAACUACACCGAAGUCGUAUGAAGAAGAAGGACAAAUCACUGUUUAUUUCUAUCCAACACAAGAGAGGAAGACGUUGUUGAAAGACACAUUAGAACCGGGGCAGUUCUUUCAGCCAUCAGCAGAAUACAAUCAUCAAUGA